CGGGGCGCGGCGGCGGCGGUGGGAUGGAGGGUCCCCGGGGCCGCUCCCGGGGCCGGUGCCGGUGGCUGCCCUGGGUCGCCCUGCGGCUGCUCGCGGUCGCCGCCUUCAACCUGGACGGCAGCAGCCCCGUGCUGAAGGACGGCGAGCGGGGCAGCCUCUUCGGGGCCGCCGUGGCACUGCACCGGCAGCUUAGCCCCGAACCGGCGGGCUGGCUGCUGGUGGGGGCCCCCCAGGCGCAGGCGCUGCCCAGCCAAGGUGCCAACCGGACCGGGGGGCUCUUCGCCUGCCCACUGACCCCCGAGCUCUCCGACUGCUGGCGGGUGCCCAUCGAUGAGGGAGUGGACCCGCAGCGGGAGAGCAAAGAGAACCAGUGGCUGGGGGUGAGCGUGAAGAGCCAAGGAGCCGGAGGGAAGAUCGUGACCUGUGCCCACCGGUACGAGCUGCGGCACCGGGUGCGGCAGCCGCUGGAGACGCGGGACGUGAUCGGGAGGUGCUUCGUGCUGAGCCAGGACCUGCGGGUGCGGGACGAGCUGGACGGUGGCGAGUGGAAGUUCUGCGAGGGGCGGCCCCAGGGCCACGAGCGCUUUGGCACCUGCCAGCAGGGCCUGGCGGCCGCGUUCAGCCCCGACCGCCGCUACGUCCUGCUCGGGGCCCCCGGCACCUACAACUGGAAGGGGACCCUGCGCGUGGAGCAGCUCAACCAGAGCUCUCUGGACCUGCUGCGCCCGGACGCCGGUCCCUUCGAAGCGGGGGGGGAGAAGGACCAGGACCCCUCGCUCAUCCCCGUGCCCGCCAACAGCUACUUCGGGCUGCUCUUUGUGACAAACAUUGAGAGCGCUGCCCCCGACCAGAGGGUCUUCCGGACCCCCCAGCCCGGCGAGAGGGUCCCCGGCGCCGCCCCAGACGUGGCCCACAAUAGCUACAUGG